CCAACGUCGGGCCAUCUUGUUCCCAACCCUCUUUACAAUGGUAAAUUACAACAAAAAAAAACUAAAAAGUUGUUCGUAAAAAAAUUGUAAAACAUAACUAAAGUUAAGAAUAAAUUUAUAUACAAGGUACAAGGGAGAAGGGUUAUGGAUGAUUAGUUCUCUGCCAUGUGCUAUGGAAUCAACAUCUUAUGCUUUAUGUUCUGUUAGCUCCUACCUUAUACUAUAACUUUCAUUAUUCAUCAAUAAUUCAAAAUUCUCCUACGUCUUCUAUUUUAUUUUAGUGGUCAAUAUAUAUACUCCCUCUCCUCCCUACUCAUACUUCAUAAAAUCUCUCUCUUCUUCGUUUCAAUUAUAAUCUUCGUAUAACCACUGAUUCUAAAAAUGGGAGAAGAAGUUAAACCAGAAGCAAAGGAGGAAUCCUCUGCUCCAGAGGCCGUCCCAGAGCCCGCCUCGGAGGAGGAGAAGAAGAAAGAUGUGGCAGAGGAGAAGAAAGCAGCGGCUGAGGAGGAGAAACCAGCGGUGGAGGAGGAGCCGCAGCCGCCACCGCCGCCUCCGCCAUUCAUACUCUACGUCGACUUGCAUUGUGUAGGAUGUGCUAAGAAGAUUGAAAGAUCUAUUCUAAAAAUUAGAGGUGUGGAAGAAGUGGUGAUGGACAUGAGUGAGAACCAAGUGACGAUAAAGGGAGUGGUGGAUCCACAAGCAGUGUGCAACAAAAUCAAGAAAAAAACUAAAAGAAUGGCGAAAGUCCUCUCGCCGCUUCCGGCCGCCGAGGGAGAGCCUCUGCCGCCGAUCAUAACUUCUCAGGUCUCCGGCCUCGCCACCGUCGAGCUCAACGUCAACAUGCACUGUCAAGCUUGUGCUGACCAGCUCAAGAAGAAGAUUCUAAAAAUGAGAGGAGUCCAAACAACUGUGACGGAACACACCACCGGAAAAGUAAUAGUGACCGGGACGAUGGACGAAGAGAAACUGGUGGAUUACGUUUACCGUCGGACCAAAAAACAUGCCCGAAUUGUACCCCAACCCGACCCGGAACCUGAAAACCCGGCGGCGGAGGAAGAAAAGAAGGAGGAGAGCGGUGAAGGCGAUGAGAAACCGGUAGAAACAGGAGAGGAGAAGGAGGAGGGGAAGGAGGGAGAGGAAAAGGAAGAGGGCGGUGGCGGUGGCGGCGAAGAAGGCGCGGCGGCUACGGGGGAAAUGGUGUCGGCGGAAGAGGAAGGGAUGAAGAGGAUGAUGUAUUAUUAUCAGCCUUUAUACGUCAUCGAAAGGGUUCCUCCGCCGCAGCUUUUCAGCGACGAGAACCCUAACGCUUGCUGCAUUUCUUAAAUUUGGUUUCGUAUGGUCUACGGAAAAUAUAUAAUUAGGGGGAUUUAAUUACGUAAGAAAACGAAGAAAAAGAAAAUAGAUAAAAAUUCAAAAAAAAGAUGUGUAAACUAUAUAUGUAUAUUUAUAAUAUGUGGUUGGUAUCUUUAUUUAUCGAUGGGGAUACAUACGCUUGGUAUAUACGUAAUCGCAACUGAAAGAAACGAACGAUACGGAAUCUAUUCAUAUUCAUGUAAGUACACGUAGGUAGAUAUGUGAGUGUGACUCAAAUUGUUUUGUUUUGUAUAUUCUUGGGGA